AUGUCCAAUGUGCAUACAUUGAAUGAUAUAAAAGAUAGAGAGGGUGGUUCUUAUAAAAAACCCGGUCAUCGGCUGGGUAGUGUAUAUGAGCAAGAGCUCGAAAAAAAAAUAAGAUCCGUUACCGAAUUUAACUCUGAGAUUAAUGAUCUCAGCGAAAAGCUGGUAGAUAAGUACAAUGAGCGAGAAAAGGAGUUUGAAAAUAAAGCUAGCCAAUUAAUUGCGUCCACUACUAAGGUUAGAUCCCAACUUAUUUCUGAACGGAAGUCUCAUUCUGAGAGUCAACGUGAGCUUGAAGCCAAAUAUUCUGCCGAAAUCCAAUCGCUCAAAUCAAAGAUUAAAACACUGAAGAGAGAGGGAACUUUGGCCCAGAAAGCUUCGUCCGCUGACAAGAUCAAGAUUCUUUCUCUUGAAACUAAAGUACGUGAAUUGGAAGGUAAGUUGGAUGACUUAGAACUAGAACAGGUGCUCCAUGAUUCGAAUGCAGUGGGAGGGAUGAUAGAGGAGCCGGCCCAAAUAAACUCAUCUGAUCCUAAAGAGAUCGAUUCUCUUAGGCUUGAAUUGGAGCAAGGAGCAGUUAGCGUUAAAGAAAAUAAUGAAGUAGAUCGUCCACCCCCGCCUAUAAACAAUUUAAAAGAAAAUGAGAGUGAACAGGUCCCAAAAGAAUUACAACUUUCCGCUCUUAAUCCUCCACCCUCCCAAAUAUUUUCCGCAGGUGGUGUAGAAGCGGUGUCUUUACCAGCAACUGCUCCUAUCGUCACGAGCUCCUUGAUGUCGCCUAUGUUAAUAUAUUCUAUACUUACCCUAGUACUUAUUACGAUUAUAUGGUUUAUGGCCAGGAAAUGGUGGAAUUCGCGGAAAAAAAGUAAUACUGAGUAUUCUCCUUACCAGAACUAUUUUUUAUCAUCUCCGGGCAUUUCCGAGGCCGGACUGUAUGAUCGGAGGCGCCUUGUCGGAGAUAGAAAUUGA